AUGUCGUCGUUCAUGAGGGAUGCUGCCACAGAGUCCAGGCUGGAAAAUCUGCAGGUGUCAGAAAUGAAAUCCAAGCUCACCACCCUGCAAGGGAGAACUUCGGGCAGCAUGCAAAAAGUGAUACUCAGGUGGCAGAAUCUCGGAAUGGCGAUCGCUUUCGACCACUGGACCGCAGUUGCCGCCACACAGGCGGAAAACAGGAGGCUGUCUGGUCUGGCCUUUCGGCACCUAUACCUGGUGCUGGCUGAGAAGUCAUAUGAGGCGUUCAAAGUGGCUGUCAUGAGGCGAUGGCAGAUAAGGCAUGCUGAAGCAUUCUGGGCACAUAGAGUUGCCAGGGAAGCGCUCUCGUACUGGAGUGUCGCGGCAAUGGCGAGCAAGGCGCUGCGCAUCAUUGAAGAGAAGGGUCUUGUGAAAUACGCCGGUGGCCUGGUUCGGAGGGCAAUGGGUGCUUGGCGUGCCUACACGGUUCACAAGCAGGAGAAACGCCACGAAAUCUGGAGGGCCUCAAAGGCAAUGUCAGCUUUCCGUCUAUGUCUACUCUUUGACUCCUGGCAUAGGCACACGUUGUACAGAAGAAAGCUUUGCCAAGAUGCAGAGACCCUCGUUCUACAAGUGCUGGCUCGUCGACAGAGGGACGCCUUCUGCCAAUGGCAAGAUUUGAUGUGGUGGCGACAGUGGCUCGACAGCGGGGAAAUUAUCGCAACGCAGCACGCCUCCAGGCAAAUGGCGGCGAAGGUACUGUGCGGCUGGAGGUCAACAGUCGCAAGGCGCAGCUGGUGCAGGCAGACUGUGGCUAUUAUGGAGGAGAGGAGGAGUGGCGCCUACUUGAUGGAGGCUUUUGGUGUGUGGAAGGAUACGGCCGCCAUCAACAAGUACCUGCUGGACCGCUUGCAGGUCGGUGUGUUGCUGUUGCGAAGCCGCAUUGUCGCCAAAACCCUGCGUGGGUGGAGGGAAGCUGCACACGCAAAGUCGUCAACAAGGCGGCUCAGCGCAAAGGCGUUGAGCUAUGCCAAUCUCAGGCGAACAUAUGUCGCACUGGGCCACUGGCGGCAGUACGCUUCAGAAAAAUCUGCCAUGCGACAACUGUUGUGGGAAUUUGGUUGCCGUGUUGCUCGCCGUGUCGUCCUGGCGGCAUUCAGUGGUUGGCGCAUAGAGGCUUCAAUGGCAAGGAAGUCGAAGAUCUUGACUUCCCACAUUGUCAAAGUGGUGUUGAAAGGGAUGUUGAAAAGCCACUUUCAAGCCUGGCACCAAGCUGCUAGUCGCCUCACAUAUGUGAAGGGCGCACUCCUGUUCUCACUGCAAAAGCUGUCGCUCCGGUGGGCAUCGCGCGCUUUUGCAGCCUGGAAGUUGUUUAGGCAUCGCCAGCUUGUCAAACGGAGGGCUGCGCUCUUCGCUGCUGGCUGCAGAUUGUCAAGGGCCCUCUCCACGUGGAAGGACAGCAUGGACAUGGCCAGAUGGGCCCGGGCUUCAUCAAUGCAUUACCACGUCACCUGCAAAAAGGUGAUCGCCGGCUGGCGGCUGGUCACUGAGGCCAGGCAGGAGUUGAACCGAUGGUCCAGACUGGCCACCGCAACAUGGUGUAGAUCCAUUGGGCUGAAAGUCACAAGGGAGUGGCGGGCAAUGGCUUCGGCGGCACGCCAUUUGCGACUGGCAUCUGCAAUUUGGAAGUCCCGUGCUGCUCAGAGGAGAGCAAUAGGCAUACUAUCUCGUUGGCGGCUCACGUGCGCGGCUCUGAAAUUCAAAAGACGUCUUUUCUUGACCCGGGGCCUCUCUUCGUGGCAACUCUUCGUGUCUCGCAAACGUAGGAUUCGGGAAGCCGCAUACCAAGCGACGGUCGCCAUUGCCGUGGGCUUACUGUCCAGGGUCUUCAAGUCCUGGAGGAGGGAGACAGAGCACACAAGAAUGAAGGUAAUCAUAUUUGCCCGGAAACAGCAGGCCCUGCUGCAAGCGGUCAGAACUGGCAGCGUGGUGGCUCGGCGGCGCCAGAGGGAAAUGUUCAUCUGGGCAUUCAUGGAAUGGCGCCGGUACGUUGACAUCAUGAGGAACCUCGAGGAUUUUAUCAUGGAAAGGCAACGAAGGAAUAAAAUUCUGACCUGGCGGGCUUGGCACGAGUAUGCACAGCGAAGAGCGAUGAAGAAUGAAUUUGAAGACAGGGCUGUCCGUCACUACAACCACGCCCUUUUGGCCCGGGCCGUUCAUCACUGGCAGCGCACGAUAGAGCACUCAAAUGUGCAGAGCAGAGAGAAGGAAUCCGAUGCUCGCGCUUUUUAUGUCCAGCGUUUGACCAUGGUGGCGCUGCGGCUGUGGCACUGGCGUACAACUGACCGAAGGAAGAGAAGGGCCGUGUUUACAGCAAAAUUGAGUGCUGUGGCUGAAGAAAAGGAGAGGUGGACAAUGCGUAGCCUGUGGCAGAGUUGGAAGGAAGCAGUGGAGAAACGAAGGUGGCUGGAAAGGAGUGCAAGCGUUCUGCGUCACCAGCACAAUCAUGACAGAAAGCAGGAGUUAUUCCGCGUGUGGAAAAACUACACAAUCGCAAUGCGACGCGAGGUCGACCUGGCGUCACCUUUCCUUUCACCGCACACCUCCUCAGAGGCUGCCAGGAGAAUCCGGCGGAUCUCAGAGAUGAUGUGGCAAUCACCGUUGGCACCCAGCAAAGGUGCCAGGCUUCGUUCUGGAAUGGAGUCCACGGCGUACCAACAUUUGGCAGCACGCGUGCAGAACAUGCAGCCUGCUCUCUCCAAUGCAGAGAAUGGAAGUAGUGGUCCAAGGCCUGGGCGGGGUAUGCGGGACAGCAGGGAGAGGCUUGGGGGCAAUUUUGACAUCUGGGACGACAGCACCGAGACAGGGAGUUGA